ACAUGGACACCCAACGAAAAUGCUGAGCUGGACGCCGCGCUGGCAGCGUUACAAGGCCUUUGGCCAAAGUCUCUACCUUUGAUGAAAGGCUGCUGGCUGUUAGCAAGACAAAGGAUUUACUAUACGAUCGUCAAGCAUCCAAUCCGGUGGAUCAAAAAACUUCGGUCACAGCGGAAACUUUCCUCCAAAUUUUCUUUUCACCUGCCUGCCAGUGAAAUGUACGACAAGUUACCGUGUAAAUUGACCAAUCCGCUGUCUCUAGCGCCUACCAUCGGACGGUUGUCAGCAGAGAAGGUGAACCAAUCAGCGGCCUGGAACGCCACACGACGCGAGAUGAUGGCCGUUGGAUCCGACUCGUGUCCCCGACCGUUGGAUUGCCAAGAUCCAGAAUAAACGGCAGCGCGGCGUCUGGCGUGCAAGCAUGACCACCGCCGGAUCCUCCAGAUCAACGUCUGUUCGCGCAAACGCUCGCUCUAGCAAGUAAGUAGGCGCUGCUACUUACAUUUUGAUUCCGUGUGUGUGUAAGCCGGUUUGGCUAUGGGGAUCCUGGGCGCCCGUGUGCUGUGACGGCUUUUCCAUUGGACGCUCUUUCCCAUUCCAAUUCGACGCUUCCAGAAGUCUCCAAUUGCUUUCCCCCUCGUUGAUAUGAUCAAGUGCUGAGAGGAUCGAUCGGUGAUGGUGGGCGUCAUGCCGAAACAGGAGAGCAAACGCUUGGUGUCCCGGACUUCCUACAACAAGAAAAGAACUGGGCAAUGGAUCAUGUCCGCAGACGUUCCCACAGACGUCGUAGUUGAGGCAGCCGGCACCAGCUUUUCCCUUCACAAGUUCCCCUUGGUUGCUCGAUGCGGGCGUAUCAGGCGGGCGGUGGCCGAGGCGCGGGAGAUGGACCUCUCCCGCAUCGAGUUCCCAGACGUUCCCGGAGGAGCCGAGACUUUCGAGCUGGCCGCCAAGUUCUGCUACGGCAUCAACUUCGAGAUCACCACCGCAAAUGUGGCUGCGCUGCGCUGUGCCGCCGAGUACCUGGAAAUGAAGGAUGAGUACGGGCAAGGAAACUUGCUGGGAAGAACAGAAGCGUUUGUCAACGAGGUUGUCUUACCCAGCUUCGCCAAUUCUCUGUGUGUGCUGCACAGCUGCGAGGAGCUCCUCCCGAUUGCCGAGGACAACAAUCUCGUCUCCAGGUGCAUCGAUGCCAUCGCGUCAAUCGCUUGCAAGGAUCAGAAGCCAGCUUCCAGCCUCUCCGGCUCGGACUACGGUAGCUCUGGCCGGUUGGGCAGCAAAGGCAAGCCGAAUGCCACACUUCCAAAGUCUGCCUUCACGGAGUGGUGGGCCGAGGACCUGUCGCUGCUGCGGAUAGAUUUCUACCAGAGGGUCCUGGAAGCGAUGAAGUCCAAAGGCGUGCGAGAGGAGAGCCUCUGGGGGACUCUCAUGCACUACGCUCAGCAGUCGCUGAAGGGCCUCAAUAGAGCUCCGACUGGCGGUCGAGGCUUGAUGAAAGUCCAGGAAAAUACUGCGGCCCUGGAGCACGAGCAGAGAAUCUUAGUCGAGACAAUUGUCAGCUUGCUACCUCGAGAGAAGAACAUAGCGUCGUGCAGCUUCUUGUUCGGUUUGCUCCGGACGGCCAUCAUUCUCGAUACGACGGUCGCUUGCAGGCUAGACAUAGAGAAGAGAAUCGCGUUGCAGCUGGACCAGGCAACUCUGGACGACCUGCUUGUGCCAUCUUUUUCUUACAACGGGGAAACGCUGUUUGACGUUGACAUAGUGCAGCGGAUCCUGACCAACUUCAUACAGCAGCAUGAGAAUGAUGACUUGCCUGAGGCUCAAACUACUUACGAGUCGGAUGGUCUUGCUACGCCGACGCAGACAUCAGUUUCUAAAGUGGCCAAGUUGAUGGAUGGCUACUUGGCCGAGAUUGCGCCAGAUGCCAACUUGAAGGUCAACAAGUUCGUAGCGAUAGGAGAACUUUUGCCAGAUUAUGCCCGAGCGAUUGACGACGGCCUGUACAGAGCAGUAGACAUUUAUCUCAAGGCACAUCCGAAUCUAGGUGAGCAGGAGAGGAAGAAAAUUUGCAGAUUACUCAGCGCUCAGAAGUUGUCCCAAGAAGCAUGCUGCCAUGCAGCUCAGAACGAAAGGCUGCCCGCGCACUUUGCGAUUCAGGUUCUCUACUUCGAGCAAGUGAGAAUAAGAACGGAAAUGGGAAGCACGUUGUUUAUGGACGACCCGAACCUGUCUCACUUUUCUGGUGGCCGAGGUGGACCAAGUGGUACUGUGAGUGCUGCAAUGUCUCCCCGAGACAACUACUCGUCCUUGAGACGGGAGAACCGCGAGCUCAAGCUAGAGAUCGCACGGAUGAGAAUGCGUCUGUCGGAGCUGGAAAAAAGUCACAACAACAUGAAACAGGACAUCGAGAAAACAACCAGCUCAGCUAAGCUCGCGCAAACUGUUUCCAGGCGACUUCAUCGCCUCAACCCGUUCAGUAGAAGAAGCUCCAAAGAGUCCGACUCCUUUUCCAAAGCAUCCGAAGGAAGUCAUUCCCAGAAGCCGAGCAGAGAUAGACGUCACUCCUACUCUUGAACGACAGUCAAUUGUUUAGUAAAAAAAGAACCAUAAUAAACCUGGAUUACGUUGCCGAGAAGUGGAAGUGGUCACAAAAGAUCGCAGCCUCAAGGACAGUACCUUUGUUUAAUUUGUAGCAUCGUGUUGAGUGAAAACAAAUCACAGUACAAAACAAAA